UAAAUAUUGGCCCAGAGCUGAAGACAUCAUCUACUACAACAAACCAGGUAAAGAGUUAGAUUCACGCUUGGAACUUUUAGGCGGGCAAAGAUUAUUACCUCUUGGAUUGGGUGAUGAUCAAGAUUCUGAUGGUUAUGAAACAGGGUUUCAAGCUUGGGAACCUUUACUUUGGGAUGCGCUUAAUGUUAAAUUGCUUGGCAGUGUUGUUGAGGAACCUAAAAAAACAGAUGAUGAUAUGAAAGUUGAAUCAAAUUAUUUGAGAGGAUCCAUUAAAGAAGGGCUUGAAGAUACUUCAACAGGAGCAUUAGCAGAAGGUGACACCAAGUUGACCAAAUUUCAUGGAAUUUAUCAACAAGAUGAUCGUGAUUUAAGAGAAGAGAGAAAAGCACAGGGAUUAGAAAAGGCUUAUUCAUUCAUGGUUCGUGUCAGAGUACCUGGAGGGGCCCCUGGUACAUAUAAUCUUUAUUUAGGAGGAGGAUUUUAUGGACAGAGAUUAAACAAAUUGUAUAAAGAAAGUUUAAAAGAAGAUGAAAUAUUAAAUGAAUUAAAACCAAUGUUAACAAGAUAUGCCAAAGAAAAAUAUGAAGAUGAAAAAUUUGGUGAUUUUGUUAUUCGUGCAGGAUACAUAAAAGCUACAAGAUUUGGAAAAGAUUUCCAUGAUCUUUGA